CUGAUAAGCAUUGUCGCUGCACCCAGUCGUGUUGCCUAGUCAGUCGCUGAACGUAAGCGGUAAAGCACAGAUCUUCAAAUGUCAAUUCAAAUGGCGCUCUUGGGACUGUUGUUGGCAUUUUGCUGGUUGACCAGCGUAUAUUCGGCCGAGACAUUUAACUGCAAUGACGUGAAGCCGCAUCCACUGGAUCUAUCUUUUAUGGGGGGCAUUUGGUAUGAGGCGGCACGGGCACCCAACGUUGAUGUACUGCAAUGCUUAAAUGUGUCUGUGCCGACUAGCGUAACUGAUAAGUUAAAUUUGGACUUGGAAUACAUAAACACGGUGGGUCAGCAGAGGACACCCGUCAAGGAGCAGGUGUCUUUUCCCUGGAACAAUGAAACGCAGCAGAGCAAAUUUGUGCUGCAAUUUAGCAAUUCCGCAAUGACGAUCAAUGUUACGUAUAAAGUGGUUACUGCAGUUCCGCGAAUGUUCGUUAUACUAUGCGGCUAUUCCGGAAUCUCACCGAUGCCGCUCAUGAAGAUACUCACAUGGGAACGUGAGCUCGAUGCCAACGUAAAACAGAACCUUACCGAUAUUUUAGAAAAAAAAGGCGUUGCGAAGUAUUUGGUCUGGGAGGAGCAAUCGCCAGAUCGCUGCAAUGCAGCCCAGUGGUUGAGGCCAGCAUUUGGAGUUUAUACAGCAGUAGCGUUGCUUGUCAUAUGGAGAAUAUUGAAACAGUCUCAUAUAUAUGCAUUGAAUUGAAAAUAGCUUAGCUUAAUGUAAACAUUAAAAUAAUAAACUUAUU